ACGUGCCAUGCGCGAGCUCUGGGUGUGUAGUGACGCUGGGUCUGAGCAGAAUGGCGGCGCGCUGGUUCUCGCUGUUUGUCCUGUGUGUGCUGUCUCUGUACCACUGCACAGCGGAUAACGGCAGUGUUAAAAAGAUGAAGAUGCACUACACAGCUGGACCUCUGCUCAAGUUCCAGAUUUGCAUCUCCUGAGGCUACAAGCGGGUGUUUGAGGAGUACGCUCAGGUUCUUAACCAGAGGUAUCCAGACAUCCGCAUAGAAGGGGAGAGCUACCUCCCUCAACCUGUGUACAGACACCUGGCCUCCUUCCUCUCCAUGUUGAAGUUCGCUGUAAUCAUCCUUGUUAUUGUGGGAAAGGAUCCGUUCACGCUGUUCGGAAUACCGACUCCUGGAGUCUGGACCUGGGGGCAGGAGAACAAGGUGUACGCCUGUAUGAUGGUGUUCUUCUUCACGAACAUGAUGGAGAACCAGUGUUUAUCUACAGGAGCCUUUGAGAUUUCACUGAAUGACGUCCCUGUGUGGUCGAAGCUGGAAUCGGGUCAUCUUCCCUCCAUGCAGCAGCUUCUUCAGAUCCUGGAGAAUGAGAUGAAGCUGAAUGCACACAUGGACACACUGCCUCUACAACGCUCCUAAUUCCACACACUCACUGUGUCAGAGCUCCACCCACUCCUGUGUAUAUGACGGUGUCUCGGCUCAGUGAAGCGGCUGUAAUGAAGGUCUGCACUGAAAGCGGCGUUCCCGUUGGUGUGGGCCGGAUGUCCCCGUCGUCUUUCCUGGUGCUUUGGGACUCCGUGAUGUACGCGGUGGGAGGCGUGUCUCUGGUUUAUUUGGAAUUCUGGGAAGUUUUAAUCGAAGUGCCUGCAGUGCCGGUGUGUGUGGUUAAUGUGGGGUGUUUCUCAUCUUUAUUUUGAUCGAUUAUGAUUAGCUCUGAGGGCCAAACACAACAGAUUUACAGACUUUUUUAUACCUAUGCAUCAUUUUUGCCAAAUAAAUCAUUUUUAGAUCUGACGAUAAACAAAUCAGCUGUACAUUAUUCUGUAUUUAGAUGAGAGAGAAGUUUAUAUACAAACAGUGUUUAACCUGUAAAUCAUGCUCGUUUAUUUUAAAGAUUCACUUCCAGUUAAUAUAUUUAGAUUUGUUCUAAUUUUCAAUGUUUUUUUUUUAUAUUUUCGGUCAAAAUAAAAUCUAGUUUCAGUCCAAACAUAAA